AAUUACAAGGUAAAUAAAGUUAAACCGAUCGAAUACGUAUUUGUAGCAACGUCUAGGAGUGUUUAAUUACAACUUAAUAUAAAAUACCCUCGCAGUAAGAUGCUGCUCGAAUACCGCGCCUAGACAGCCACACUCAAGAUGUCGCUCGAGUUCUGAUUGGCCAAGAGUGCCGUCUGUAUGCCAGCUUGGCCGGAACUGGCCGGUUGUCUGGUAGCAUGCUAGUGUGUGGCGAGAGCGCUCCCCUUAGUAACAGUGUGGAGGAGGGUGAGGUAAUACUGAGAAGAUUCUUCUGCACUGAGACGGACGCCGAACGAAAUAUAUUUGAGCAGACGGCUAGGCGUCUGCGUCUAGUGUUUUAUCCCUUUCCUCCCGCGAGUGAGAAGGGGCAGCUGGCCGAGUGCGGAAUACACUUUACUUACACAUACCCGGUAUAAAGUCGCCGUGGUUACUUACAGCUUUCCAACUUUCCCUGUUCAUACAAGUCGUUGUCGUGCCUCCCAGUCGUUUCUAGUCGUUACAGUCAUGUCCACAGGAGGUGAUUUCGGCAACCCGUUGAGGAAAUUUAAACUGGUCUUCCUGGGCGAACAAAGCGUGGGGAAGACUUCAUUGAUCACAAGAUUCAUGUAUGACAGUUUUGAUAACACUUACCAGGCAACAAUAGGAAUAGAUUUCUUAUCAAAAACAAUGUACCUUGAAGACAGAACAGUGCGGUUGCAGUUAUGGGAUACAGCAGGGCAGGAACGGUUCAGGAGCUUGAUUCCUAGCUACAUUCGUGACUCAACUGUUGCAGUUAUUGUCUAUGAUAUAACAAAUGUAAACUCUUUCCAACAAACAACAAAAUGGAUUGAUGAUGUGAGAACAGAGAGAGGAGGUGAUGUAAUCAUCAUGUUGGUGGGAAACAAAACAGAUCUUGCAGAUAAAAGGCAAAUAACUACUGAAGAAGGAGAGCAAAGAGCCAAAGAGCUGAAUGUUCUCUUUAUUGAAACAAGUGCAAAGACAGGCUACAAUGUUAAACAGCUUUUUCGUCGUGUAGCAGCUGCCUUGCCUGGAAUGGAAAGCACACAAGAUAAAAGCAGAGAAGACAUGAUUGAUAUAAGACUUGAGAAGCCCCCAGAACAACCAGUCAGCGAGGGAGGCUGCUCAUGUUAAUGCUGUUGAUCUCAUUGUUUGUUUAUCUUUAUUUUCAUUAAAUGCCACUGCUACUCAUUUCCAUCGGCUGCAGUGUGAAUAUCAGCUUGUAACUUUUCCACUUAGUGUUUAAAAAAAAAAAAAAAAUUAUUAAAAAAAACAAACAAACCAGAUUUUAUUCUGCCUGUCUCAUUAGCUUAACAGGAACAAUAAGAUAACUUUAUACUAUGAAAAACAAACUGCAGAAUGGCAAAUUAUUCCAGCAGGCUUCACUUUUGUUAAGUGAUACAUUCAGUUUUUCAGCUUUAUAUUACAGAAAUGUACUUUUAAAAGUUGAAACACAGUUGUAGUGUUUUUCAGAGAGGUUCAUAUAUCUGUACGGUCUACUGUAUAGAACUUUAAACAUUCUGCACCAUUACUUUAUUGAACUCGAAACAAGACAGCAGGCAUUAACUUAAUUAAAAAGAAUGUGUAAAUAUGUAACCCUUCUGAUCAGAAUAAUCAGGAGAUAUACUGUAUGAGUGUAUUCAUUCUCAUGCCUGAGAACCAAGUUACCAUUUCACAGUUAAUUUGGAAUUCUUCUUUUUGUUUUACUUACUUUUGAUCCUUUAGAUUUUUUUGUGAAGAGGGUCCAAAAUUUUGUUUGAAAUUCUUUUGGGUGCAGCAAAGGAAUGCAUUAGGAAUGUAACCAAUUAAAUAAAGUGUUUUAACUCUUUAAUCAAGAAGUGUGGCAUGCUGAUUCACAAUUCUAGAACGGAAAACACUUCAAGCUGUCAGAAUAUUUUAAGUUUUAAACUCUUAUCAAAACAUUAAAGUGAGUUUCUUAUAGACAGUUAAAUCUUGAUAAUAUUUUUACACUUGUUAAGGAAUGUGUCAUCAUGAUACUAAACGUUAUGCAGAUAUGCCUUUUUAAUUUAAACAUUUUCUUAGAGCUUCCACGGUUUUGUUUUUACGAUUGUUUAGUUACAAUUAGCCUAACUGUAAUAUUAUACUGUACCUAAAUGCUUUUUUGCAUUGAAUUAAACCCUGGUUCUGUAAUGUUUAUUUCUGCAGAUGAAUACUUUAUGCAUUUUUUUUCUAUAAGCUGAAAUACACAUUUUAUUUUCUACAUGACCAUAGAUUUAGCUUUUUCAUCUUCCUAUUUAAGCCAUUACAAAUGGUACCUUGUAAUUCAUUGUGUUUUCAUGUGCCGUUUUAAACCUCCAUAUCCUGUUGUAAAAUAUACUGAAAAUGUCUGUUGUACAGUAUUUUACAGUUCUGAUACCUUUUAACCACAGCCAUUACUAGGAUGUCAUAUUUGCACUGCUUUUCAUGUAGUGACACAAACAGGCACAUAAGCACUCACACAGUUUGUUUGUUGGGCUAGCCAACAUAUUGAAUACAUGUGGGUUACUGGUUCAUUGCUUUUGUCCUGUUGCAACAAAUUUGUUAGCCUUGAUCUCAAACUAAAAAUCAGAUUUUUUUCAUCUUGUUUACUAGAACUUGCAGUGUUCUUGAAAUCUCAGCUACUCACUUGCUUAAGGUUUUUAACAAUAUUCAGCUUCUUAACUUGUUGUUUUAUUACACAACACGUGGUGGCUUGGGUUUCCUAUGCAGAAUUGUGUAAAGUUUUGCUACUUUUUUGUACAUUGCUGAAAGCAAAAAGAUAAACUGUAAGGAAAUGUAGUUUCUGUGUAGCAUUAAAACACUACCGAUGUUUAUCUCAGUCUUACUUCGCAUUUUAGCACAGUUUGCUGCCUAUUCUAAAGCACGACGUUUAAGUAUGUUUUUCUGUUAAUAAGGUUGAGCCUGUAAUAAUUUUGCUUUCAAAAUAAUUAUUUUGAGAGCAUGUUUCAGAGAAUACAAAUUAAUCCUUUUUAAGCAAAAAACUAUGACAAAUUAAUCCUUUUUAAGCAAAAAACUAUGUGCUCAAAAUUCCAUUUUACACUGGCGUCCUCUGUUUUACAUCUAGUUGUUUUUGUGGCAUAGGCAGUUUGUUUUGGCUAAAAAUUGCACUGUAACAUACCAAAGGAAGAAGAUUGGUUAGAAGAACAUAGAAAAGCAAACUGCAUUUAGGAUGGUUUUUUCAUUUGUUCAGCUAACCCCUUUAUUAAAAGUACAGUUUUUCCAUAUUCCUGGAGUUUAAACACUGACAUGUUAAUUGUCGUGCACAUGGAUACAAAGUCAGUGGUGAGUGUGAACCCUGAAUCUCUUUGGGUUUAGACUUACUGCCGGCAGGCUACAUUGACAAUGUUGUCAUAUACUAGGAUCGGAAAAUAAGAAGGUAAAAAAGCAUGUUUAAUUACUGUCUGAAUGCAUCAGGUGUGAUAAAAAUCACCAGUGCAAAAACAGUUAAAUGUCAAAGACAGACUGGACAUCUGUUUUCGAGCAGUGGUGGGAGUUUUGAAACAGACAUAUUUUUGACUUGACUGUUGAAUUUGUGCACCUGUUUGUCCUUUUAUGUAUGUCUUUUUAAAAAGAAGGAUGAGCAUUAACCAGAAGUACUUUGAAGAAAGUAGAUUUUGGCUUUGAAACAAAAGUACCUCAUCCUCUUAUUUCAUAAUGUUAAUACCCAAAGCCUGAAAAAUAAAACACCUAAUGUACCUACUCAA